UCGAGAGGUGAAGACAUCGCAUCACCGUCUCUUGCUGCCGGCACCUCCUCGUUCACUUUCUCCCUCCACCUUCCCUCCGCAACACAGCACCAUGAGAAGUCGAGGCAGCAUGGAGGUGGUGAUGGUGGCGGUGCUGGUGGUGGUGGUGAUGGUGGUGGUGGUGGAGGGCCGAGUGGACGGAAGGCGGCGUGAAAAACGUUUCGCCUUUAUCAAUCCAGACGCCCCCGUUUUACUAGCUUUACUCCUCACCAUGCCCAUCUCAUUCGCCGUGCCCACCCUGAGACCCGAGUCCGGUAGGGCAUUGCGUGACAUGGGGCUGAGCGACGAGGCGACGUGGGGCGACGAGGAGGCGGAGAACACCCGCCGCCGCCUGCACCCCUUCCCGGAGGACCUGGCGUGGGACCCGGCCUACGAACAGCCCCUCUCGCGCCUCACUACCUACUUCUCACACCUCGAGCUGCCAACUCUGCCCUGCCAAGAGCGUCUAUUAUGCGAGCUGUCCGCUGAGCCUGAAGCCUUUAACCCCAUUGGCCAAAUCUUCUUGAAGGAGCUGAGAAUGCUGCGCGGACCGGUGAACACUACACAGGACUCCCUCUUCUGGCGCUACAUGAAGGCUUCAAGGGAAGGCCUUAGCGAGCCCCUCAAGCAGUGCGGAUCCACCUACUCGACCUGCCCGCUGCCCGCUGAACGGAUCCUCAGCAUGCCGGUGCUCAAAGUCUGGCAGUUCAUCGCCUCAAAAGUGACCCUCCAGUUUGUGUAGCUCACCCAUCACCCUCACUGCCCCUCCCACCACUACUGCCACCCUCCUCAUGAAUCCGAGGUUAUGAGUGUGUCAACCUGGCAGGACCUGUGUGUGUGUGUGUGUGUGUGUGUGUGUGUGUGUGUGUGUGUGUGUGUGUUAAGGAAUGAUGUCUGGUGAUCUUGAUGUACCUGCUUUUUUAUAAAUACAGUGGAACCUCGGGUCACGAGCGCCUCUCAUUACGAACAAAUCGGUUCAUGAAAAUUUUUCCUAACAAAAAGCGUCUCGGGUGACGAACGGUGUCUCGAGCUACUAACAAGCAAUCCGGCUACAUCGUAGGGCGACAAGCAGGUUGUAUUGGCGGGGUAGUAGUAGUUGUAGUAGUAGUAGUAG